UCAAGUUCGAAACUGCGGCAGUGGCUAUCAUCUAAGUGAACAGACGACAAAAACUAAGCGAGCCGUUUUCGGGCGGGUUUUUGUGUUCUGAGCACUUUGCUUGUCUGCAGUACAUCGCCAGCCAAAUGAUGAAGCCAUCAUUCGUCGUUUAUUGCGUUUGCAUUGUAGUUUUGUCGCAUAUAAACGUGUAUAUAACAUGUGACUGUCCCGGGCGGAGCGCUGGCACUGAUGAGACGUGUCCGAUUUCUGACAGUGAUCACGAAAAACUUAAGUACUACAACGAGCGCUGGUCAGGUUACUUGCAGGCCAUAAACAAAAGCCUGGAGGGAUACGAUCCCUGCCCAGAUGAUGACAAUGAGGAAAAGUGUUCGUGCCAUAGAUCGGUGAUCGAUGACGACCUUAGCCCGUGGUCUAAGUCGGGCAUUUCCGCUGAGCUCGUCGAGCGGUCCAAGCCCAGGGGCGUCCUUUACCAAGUCGUCAACCACAAACUCUACAGAAGCAAAGAGUGCAUGUUCCCCUUCCGCUGCCUCGGCGUGGAGCACUUCAUCCUGAAGAUCGUGAACGAGCUGCCUGACGUCGAGUUCGUUCUCAACACACGCGACUGGCCGCAGGCGCAUAAGCGUAUCGAACCGUUGCCGGUCUUCUCAUUCAGCAAGACGCGCGACUACUCGGACAUAAUGUAUCCAGCAUGGACCUUUUGGGCCGGUGGUCCGGCCAUCAGCCUUUAUCCAACGGGCAUCGGCCGCUGGGACCUGCAGCGAGACAUCAUCACCAAGGCGGCGAAAGGAGCCUGGACUUGGGACAAGAAACAGGCUUUAGGAUUUUUCCGGGGGUCGCGAACAAGCUCGGAGCGUGACCCUUUGAUCCUACUGUCCCGGAGCAAGCCCGACCUUGUCGACGCGCAGUACACCAAAAAUCAGGCCUGGAAGUCGGACCAGGACACUUUGGGACAGCCGGCUGCCGAGGAAGUGCGCUUUGAAGAUCACUGCAAGUAUAAGUACCUCUUCAAUUUCCGUGGCGUCGCUGCUAGUUUCCGGCUCAAGCAUCUCUUCCUGUGCAAGUCGCUUGUACUUCAUGUUGGUGACGAGUGGCUCGAGUUCUUUUACCCACAGCUAAAGCCCUGGGUCCACUAUAUCCCUGUCACAGUGGAUCUCCACGAGGUCGAAGAGCUGCUAGAGUUUGCGAAAGAAAACGACGAAGCGGUGCGUGAAAUAGCUGAGCGAGGCUAUGAUUUUAUUUGGAAACACCUUAGAAUGGAAGAUGUGCAAUGCUACUGGCGAAGCCUGCUCAAGAAAUAUGCCAGCCUUUUGCGGUACAAGGUUGUAAGAGACACAUCUCUUAUUAGAAUCACAGAAAAGAACUAAACUGCGCCAUAGUGCCUUAACUAAAAUUUGAAGGCUGCCAAGCUUUAUGGCUGUCAAGGUGCGUAGUUCUGCACUGCAAGAGGUUCUUGCCAAAUUGGCGCAGAGAUAACCCUUAUGCCAAUGGGCCACUCCUGCUUUAAUGGAGGCAACUCCUUUCAAAGUCAUGGCUCAUUAUAAAAAAAUGCUGGAGAUAUCAACCACUGUGUGGGAGCUCUCCCAAAAGUCAAUUACCGAGAUCUGAGCAAGGUCACUGCAUGCCUGUCACCAGGAUCAAACAGAAGAUGCUCCACCUCUCACCAUCUCACCCUUGAAGAAACAUCUGGGCUGGCUCCAAAAGAUUGGGUUUUAAUAAACAUGGUUAAUGUUAGAUCCGCAUGGAACCAGGCGGAUCUUUGCCAAGCGUUUAGGCUUGGACGGCUGCUCUUGCAUGGGGACACGGUGCCAAAAACUUGUCAUGCCUCCAUAGUGUUGGUACCUAUACCUCCAUAGGCAUGUGCUAUUGCACUCAGUGUGAGUUGCAACACAGUGCUCAUUGUCCAACGGGCCUCAAGACUUAAUGGUGGCACCACCAUACAAAAGAUUGGUGAUGUUAACACUGCUACAAUGACUGAUAUUCAGUUCACACAUUUUUUGUAUGUUGGUGCCACCGUGCAGCCGUGGAGACUUUGUAUCACAGGCACCAGGUUGCAACUCACAGUGAGCAUGAUAAUACAUGGUAUCUACAAUUGCUGAGAAGAUUUGACAAGUCUGAAGAGCAGUACAUCAUUUGCACUAUAGACCCCAGUGAUGCUGUGAAAGCUUUGGUGUCUGUGCAGUAGGCUAAUUUAUCAACUGCUUCGUUAUAAAAUUGUGAGGCACCUUUCACCAACCACAGAAGAGGAACUGCCCCCAGGAGCAUAUCUUCAAUUACUCUCUCUGCAACCUUCAGAUGCCAUACUUGGUUCAUUAUGCGCACAAUUGAUGGCUAUCACGUACUGAUUUCACUGUAUCAUCAAGCACCAACUUGCGAGACUCUUUACAAGCUAGGCACAUGAAUACAGUGGCAGGUGCCUAUCUUCUUUGGGCACUCGGUUCAGCACACCUGUACGGACACUGAAGGGAGUACCCCGAACAAGUUCCUUCUCCUUUCCUCUCUGUUUCAUGCCCUCGGUAUGUAGAGCUGCUGUGGCUUUUCAUCUUCAUUGGUGACAUACAAUGUGAAUGGUAGAGGAACUUCUGUUAGCUGUGUGUCUGCUUUCGGCCAUCCACUGCCUCUGCUGUUUUGUGUGCCAUUUGUUUUUCUGCAUUUUUUGUUUUUUUAGCAUUGUGGAUAUAAUGACAACCUGAAAAAAGCUGUACGUAAUAUGCAGACCAUCAUAAAAGACUUUUGACCAGUGAAGCCACUCUAAUGGCCAGUUCAAAUGUCAAAGCUAUACACAUGUUUGUGCCUGCAAAGAUAGUUUGUGGCAUAAUUUGUGCCUGCAAAACAACAUAAACGAAAAUGAUGUUGACAUUGUGCGAAAACUGCUUUCAUUUGUUGUGUGCAUUUGGUACCAUUUUUGGGACAAAUAUCUGUACAUUCUUUACUCAUGAAUUAAUGUAGAAGCAUUUCAUCAUGGCAUUGCUACUUGUGAUCUGCUUCAUUACUUGCUUAAGGUCCUAGAAUUUGUUGUUUCUUGCUUAUGCCCUACUUUUCCUUGUACA